AUGCGCGGGUUUAAUCCGAUUUUUCAGAAUGCAAAAAGCAAAGCAAUUUCUGAUGUCGUUUGUGACCAUGUCCGGAAGAGGAAAGGGCGUUGGGAAGCUCGCGCCAAGGCGAAGUCUCGGUCGUCCCGGGCUGGCCUGCAGUUCCCGGUGGGCCGUGUUCACAGGCUCCUGAGAAAGGGUAACUAUGCUGAGCGUGUGGGUGCCGGAGCGCCGGUCUAUCUGGCUGCGGUGCUGGAGUAUCUGACGGCUGAAAUCCUGGAGCUGGCCGGCAACGCGGCCCGGGACAACAAGAAGACCCGCAUCAUCCCCAGGCACCUGCAGUUGGCCGUGCGCAACGACGAGGAGCUCAACAAGCUGCUGGGAGGGGUGACCAUCGCUCAGGGCGGGGUGCUGCCUAAUAUCCAGGCCGUGCUGCUGCCCAAGAAAACCGCCGCUGCUGGAUCUGCGAAAAAGUGAAGUGAGUAUUCUUGA